GUGUGUGGACGCUUCAGCCCGCCGGAUGGUCACCUGCGCCCGGCCCCGGCGAGCUGCUUUUACACGCAUCGUGGAUGUGACAUAUUCCACUCUCCACGGGAUUAAUCCUUUUUCUUCUGUCGCUGCUCUGAUGGAUGGAGUGAUGGACGACAGAGAGACCAGCAGAUCCCAGAUCAGCUUUCUUUCUGAGUACACAACAUGAAGGAGGAACUUCCAGCAGGACCUUGCACCAAAAGCACAUGCACUAAAGUGUGAAGACACCUUACCUCCUCUGUGGACCCUCAGGAGGAAGCACAGAUCACUGCCUGAUGUGAUCGGCCUAAAGACUGUUAGCUGCAACGACUGUUCUUCUCUAUUUGUCCUUCGUCUUUUACAAGCCUAUUUUUGUACCACGUUUGUCUGAGUAGACCUCAAACACCAUGAACAUAGACACUGGGCGUUAGUCCAACCAGAUUGACUUCCAAUCAAACAUUUUUUGGGAUUAACCUAUUUUUUUGCAAUUAUGGAUCUCCUGAGUUUUUGUAUGAAACUGCAGAUGUUCCUCAGCACAUGUAUGGGACUGGAGUUUUUAGGCACGCCAGGUCAGUGGGCUCGCUACCUCCGUUGGGAUGCCAGCACCCGUGGCGAUCUCAGCUUCCAGUUCAAGACCGAGUUCUCCGAAGCACUGCUGCUCUACUUGGAUGACGGCGGCUAUUGUGACUUUCUGCAGUUGUCCGUGGUCCAGGGUCGACUCCAGCUGCGUUUCAGCAUAGACUGUGCAGAAACCACACUUGUGUCCGACAGAAGGGUGGACGACAACAACUGGCACUUUGCAACUCUGAGCAGGUAUAACUUGCGCACAGUUCUGGCACUGGACGGACAGGCCAAAGCAGACGAGGUGCGUCCUCAGCGGCAGUUUAUGAAAAUUGUCAGCGACCUGUUCCUGGGCGGAGUUCCUCAGGAUAUCCGAAGCGGCGCACUCACACUGCCCACGGUGCGGAACAUGCAGCCCUUCAAGGGCACAAUCACAGACCUGAAAUAUGGCAAGUCCCAACCCCAGUUCCUAGGGAGUCUGAAAGUGUCCCUGGAGUCUGAGGGGUGGUGCACCGUCAACCCGUGUGAGAAUGGCGGCACGUGCGCAGUGGUGGACGGAGAAGUGGUCUGUGAUUGCUCUCUAACAGAAUACAAAGGACGGUUCUGCACUGAAGAGCUCAGCAGAAAAACAGCAGGUGUUGCACACAUGAUGGCAGAACAAGCUAAAAGCAAAGGUACUUUUUCCACAUCUUUCCUUUUCCAACUUUAUGAAAAGCGGCGCCUCCUCUCACGAGAAGAGAACGUGGCCACGUUCCGAGGUUCCGAGUACUUCUGCUACGACCUCUCUCAGAACCCCAUCCAGAGCAGCAGUGACGAGAUCACCUUGUCCUUCAAGACGUGGCAGCGCAAUGGCCUCAUCCUCCACACGGGCAAGUCGGCCGACUACGUCAACUUGGCGCUGAAAGAUGGCGCCGUGUCUCUGGUCAUCAACUUGGGCUCCGGAGCCUUCGAGGCCAUCGUUGAGCCGGUCAACGGCAAGUUCAACGACAACUCCUGGCAUGACGUCAAAGUGACUCGCAACCUCCGACAGCAACCAGGCAAUGACUAUUCCUCGGUCAACACACUCCAUUGUCUGGUGACAAUAUCCGUGGAUGGCAUUUUGACCACCACGGGCUACACCCAGGACGACUACACCAUGCUGGGAUCAGAUGACUUCUUCUACGUUGGUGGAAGCCCAAGCACGGCUGACCUGCCUGGGUCUCCCGUCAGCAACAACUUCAUGGGUUGCCUCAAGGAGGUGGUGUACAAGAACAACGACAUCCGCCUGGAGCUGUCCCGACUGGCCCGCAUCGUGGACCCCAAGAUGAAGAUCCAGGGCGAGGUGUCCUACAAGUGUGAGAACGUGGCCACCUUGGACCCCAUCUCCUUCGAGACUCCUGAGGCCUACAUCAGCUUGCCCAAGUGGAACACCAAGAGGAUGGGCUCCAUCUCCUUUGACUUCCGCACCACGGAACCCAACGGCCUCAUCCUCUUCACCCACGGCAAACUCCAGGAGCGCAAAGAUGCCGCCCGCAGCCAGAAGAACACCAAGGUGGAUUUUUUUGCGGUGGAGCUCCUGGAUGGAAGCAUCUACCUGCUGUUGGACAUGGGAUCUGGUACCAUCAAGGUCAAGGCCACGCAGUCUAAGGUCAACGACGGUGCCUGGUACCAUGUGGACAUCCAACGAGAUGGCCGCUCAGGCACCAUCUCUGUAAACAGCAGAAGGACCCCGUUCACAGCCAGUGGGGAAAGUGAAAUCCUGGACCUGGAAGGUGACAUGUACCUGGGCGGUCUUCCCAUGGAUCGCGCUAACCUCAUCUUGCCCACCGAGCUGUGGACAGCGAUGCUGAACUACGGCUACGUGGGCUGCAUCCGAGAUCUCUUCAUCGACGGCCGCAGCAAAGACAUCCGGCAGAUUGCCGAAGCGCAAAACGGUGCCGGGAUUAAACCUUCUUGUAACAAGCAACCUGGCAAACAGUGUGAGAGUUACCCCUGCAAGAACCGAGGUGCUUGCAAGGAAGGCUGGAACCGCUUCAUCUGUGACUGCACUGGCACCGGUUAUUGGUCCCGCACUUGUGAGAGAGAGGCUUCCAUCCUGUCCUACGACGGCAGCAUGCACAUGAAGGUGGUGAUGCCCACCAUCAUGCACACCGAGGCAGAAGAUGUCUCCUUGCGCUUUCGCUCCCAGAGGGCCUACGGCCUCCUCAUGGCCACCACCUCCCGAGAGUCAGCCGACACACUCAGGUUGGAGUUGGAUGGAGGCCGUGUCAAACUGACGGUCAACCUAGACUGUAUCAGGAUAAACUGUAACUCCAGCAAAGGACCGGAGAUGCUGUAUGCCGGGCAAAAGCUCAAUGAUAAUGAAUGGCAUACAGUGCGUGUGGCGCGUCGCGGCAAAAUCUACAAGCUAAUCGUUGACGAUGAUGUAGCAGAAGGCCAAAUGGUGGGUGACCACACGCGUCUGGAGUUCCACAACAUUGAAACAGGCAUCAUGACGGAGCGCAAAUUUGUUUCAAGCAUCCCCUCCAGCUUUAUCGGGCAUCUGCAGAGCCUCAGAUUUAACGGCAUGCUCUACAUCGACCUGUGCAAGAAUGGUGACAUUGAUUUUUGCGAGCUCAACGCCCGCUUCGGGAUACGUUCCAUUAUUGCCGACCCGGUCACCUUCAAGUCCAAGAGCAGCUAUCUGAGCCUGGCCACCCUGCAGGCCUACGCCUCCAUGCACCUCUUCUUCCAGUUCAAGACCACCUCCCCUGAUGGCUUCAUUCUCUUCAACUCAGGAGAUGGCAGUGACUUCAUUGCUGUGGAGCUGGUCAAAGGGUACAUCCACUACGUGUUCGACUUGGGAAAUGGGCCAAAUCUGAUCAAGGGCAAAAGUGAAAGGGCCCUGAAUGACAACCAGUGGCACAAUGUGGCCAUCACCCGGGACAACAGCAACACCCACACCCUGAAGGUGGAUGCCACUGCCACCAGCCAGAGCAUCAAUGGGGCCAAGAACCUGGACCUUAAAGGAGACCUCUUCAUUGCUGGACUGGGUCCUGGCAUGUACGGCAGUCUGCCUAAGCUGGUGGCCUCCAGAGAAGGUUUUCAAGGGUGUUUGGCUUCAGUGGACCUGAACGGGCGCCUCCCAGACCUGAUCAGCGACGCAUUGUUUCGUAGCGGGCAGAUUGAGCGUGGAUGUGAAGGUCCCAGCACCACCUGUCAGGAGGACUCCUGUGCCAACAUGGGUAUUUGCAUCCAGCAGUGGGAGAACUACACCUGUGACUGCUCCAUGACCUCCUUCACCGGGACUCAGUGCAAUGACCCUGGGACCACAUACAUCUUUGGCAAAGGAGGCGGACUCAUCACCUUCCAGUGGCCAGCCAAUGAGAGACCGAGCACCAGGACUGACCGGCUGACCGUGGGCUUCAGCACCUCGCUGAAAGAUGGCAUCCUGGUCAGGAUCGACAGCGCUCCUGGUCUGGGGGACUACCUCAUGCUGCACAUACAACAAGGCAAAAUUGGUGUGACAUUUAACAUCGGGACGGUGGACAUCAGUGUGCAGGAAGGCAGCACCCCGGUGAACGACGGGAAGUACCAUGUGGUCCGCUUCACCAGGAAUGGCGGCAAUGCUACGCUACAGGUGGACAACUGGUCCAUCAAUGAACAUUUCCCCACAGGGAACAGUGACAUUGAACGCUAUCAAAUGGCCAACAAGAAAAUUCCUUUCAAAUACUCCAGACCAGUGGAAGAAUGGCUCCUAGAAAAAGGACGCCAGCUCACCAUCUUCAACACUCAAGCCACGGUUGCAAUCGGCGGGAGUGACCGAGGUCGUCCCUUCCAGGGCCAGCUGUCGGGUCUUUACUACAACGGCCUGAAGGUGUUGAACAUGGCGGCUGGAAACAACCCCAACAUCAAAGUUAACGGCAGCGUGAGGCUGGUGGGGGACGUCCCCGGCGGGGUGGGCUCCGCCAGGUCCACGGCCGUGCCCUCCGAUUUGUCCACCACCUUCAUCGAGACCACCACCAUGAUGUCCACCACCACCACACGCAAGCACAGAUCCUCUUCAACGAAGCAUACCUCGGACGACAUGGUGUCGUCUGCGGAGUGCUCCAGUGACGACGAAGACCUGGAGGAGUGUGAAACUGGUCAUCCAGCACUUCCCACAGAACCAGGCGUCAGGCCGGGGCCUUCAGAAGUGGUCCGGGAAUCAAGCAGCACCACCGGGAUGGUCAUCGGAAUUGUGGCGGCCGCUGCCCUGUGCAUCCUCAUCCUUCUUUAUGCCAUGUAUAAGUACAGGAACAGGGACGAAGGCUCCUACCAGGUGGACGAGAGCAGGAACUACAUAACCAACUCAGCUGUACAGAGCAACGGUGCUGUCAUGAAGGACAAACAGCACAGCUUGAAAGGCAGCAAUAAGAAGCAGAAGAACAAGGAUAAGGAGUAUUACGUCUGAGAGAGAGGGAGAACUGACCAAUGAUGGUAUUAUUUGGAUCCUUGGCUGUGCUGACAAGAGGAACUGAUGACAUGUACUAUAAUAUUAAAGCACACUUACAUACUGAGGAGGCAACUUUAGAGACCUUACUCUUCUAUCUGGUCAGAGACAUUAGAGGUAUGUCCCUGCUCCAUCUAAGAGACUUUUAGAGAUCCUUGACAUUCAAACACAAACCUUCUUUUGUACGGUGACAAGAAGCCUCACGAGCUCAGCAUGUAAGCAAGGCGUACGUAGUGCUUAUCAAGAUGGGCUCAGGCAUACAAUAAAAAAAAAACGAAUAUGUAUGGUUUAUAAAUACUAGAUGUGGUGUCUUCUCUAUUUUUGCUUUGAGCAAAAUCAAAAGUGAGGUGAGAAAAAGAAGAAGAAA